GCAUGCGGCCACACUGAGUACUGGGAAAAUGGAAAACACAAGUUAAAAUAGAUUAGCGUGAAUUGUACUGGUAACAAUCUUGUGAAAAGGCGGAACAGGACUGGAUAGGAUGCCAGGCAAGGUGGGGGUGAAGAUCAAGGCGGCACGCAACCUGCCGGUGAUGGACAAGAGUGCUGAGACGACGGACGCGUUCGUGGAAAUCAAGCUUGCCUCGGUGACCCACAAAACGGAUGUCUUCCGCAAGAGUUUAAAUCCCACCUGGAACACUGAUUGGUUCCGUUUCGAGGUGGACGAUGCCGAGUUGCAGGACGAGCCUCUUCAGAUUAGGUUAAUGGACUACGACACGUACUCGGCCAACGAUGCCAUCGGCAAGGUGAACAUCAGCUUGAAUCCCUUGUGCCUGGAGAGCUCUAGUCAGGCGGUGCACGGAAAGGGCACUGUGCUCUCCGGAUGGAUUCCUGUUUUCGAUACAAUGCAUGGGAUUCGCGGCGAGAUCAAUGUCAUUGUCAAAGUGGACCUCUUUUCGGAUGUCAAUAAGUUUCGGCAGAGCUCUUGCGGCAUCCCCUUUUUCCACUCCCAGUGUGUGCCCUUUGGAUAUCGCGCCCAAGUCAUUCACGGGUUUGUAGAGGAGCUUGUUGUCAACGAUGACCCGGAGUACCAGUGGAUCGACAAGAUUCGCACGCCCAGAGCUUCCAACGAGGCGCGUCAGGUAGUCUUCCUUAAAUUGUCGGGACAGGUUCAGCGACGGAUGGGCUUGAAAGCCAUUAAUAUGGGCGCCAAUGCCGUUAUUGGGUAUACCCAGUGCUUCGAUCUGGAGGGCGAUGUCGGUGUAGUUGCUCGAGGCGUGGGAACGGCGGUAACUUUAAUCAAGGACACCAGCAGCAGUCAGCCUAACAGCGCAGAUGUGGCACUGAUCGAGGAACUGGCGCAAAAGUAUUUAGAUUUCCUGAACUGUGCCGGAGCCAGCAGCGCCAGCUUGCCGCUCUCCGGCCGCACGCCCCAAUAUCGUCUGAAUAUAUACAGGGAGCCUAGCUCGGCACCAACAUCUUCAGCAGCAGCGGCGGCAGCAGCUACUCUUUUCUACCUGGAAAGCGCCAGCAGUGACACGGAGGAUGCAGAGCUAAUGCAGAAUCUAAUCCGGCAGGAGGACGAGCGCGGCGAAAAGAACCGAGAAAAGAAGCUUCGUCACCGGAUGCGUCGAUUGACUCUGUCCUCGAGCAAGAUUUUCAGCCAGAAAUACGCCACUCUGAUUCGUCGAAUUGAGCCCAAGAUCCCCGAGAAUGCCACUCAGUCGCUGAGCAGCAUUUUCGGGGGAGCCAUGGCAGCUCCCUCCAGUUUUCGGCGUCGACGCAAGUCACGCUUUCCAACAGCCUCAAUAAAAUCCUCUAGUCCCCAUAAUAUAGUCCGCUCGAUUAGUAACGAUACUGGCGUCCGUCCGGGUCAUGCGCCGGUGAAGAGCUUUCUAGCCGUGCCAGGCUUGUCGGAGUAUCAGGAAAACACGCGGUCUGCACCGGAUCUUCCAGGUGAGGAGUUUAAGGCAAAGGCUCGGCCAACAUCGAACUACUCCACAGACUCGGAUGAGUCCCUGCAGCUGGCUCUUGAAAUAGCUGCCCCCGAUAGUAAUGGGGAGGACUCGCAGGAGGAAGAGGAGAACGUUCAGGACAACUGGAUAAAACCGGGAGAGACACGCAGUUGCGAGAACAGCCAGCAGGACUUAGUUCCAAGGCACCAUAAUCUGUUGGAAGACUUGAAAAGCUUCUCGCGUCGACUGCAGAAACUAAUGCACCUGAAGUCCAAUGACAAUGAAGUGGAGAAGGGAAUCAACCAUCGAUUUGAGCCAUCGCUGGAACGCAAGCCUUACUACAGCUCCCAGCCGGAGUUGCCGACUUGCUACGAGAAUUAUAUGGGCUCCAAUCUCAGUGGGUCCUCCUCGAUGUUGCAGUUAAAUUUCCUACCAAGUUACGGCAAAAGUUUGCAACGCAGUGCCUCAAUGAAUCACCUAAUGGCACCAGAGGCACCACUUUCAUCUCUUGCACCACUCCCACCACCCAACACGCUGCUGCUGAAGGCGCCCGAGCUGCGCGUCUGCCCCUCCACGCCCACUCCCACUCGAUCCGAACUAGUCACCUUCGAUUACGAAAACCCCUAUAAUAACCCCUCUAGUCUUGACCACUUAGAUCAUUCUGUAAAUAUCUCUAAUCUCUCUAGUACUAACCAUAGUAACCACAAUAAUGAGUCAUCAUUGCUUGCUCCAUUUGCCAUUCGCCAACAACAACCACGCGAACUUAGAUCCAGCACUGAAAUCCAACAGCAGCCAGGAGCAUCGGGAUUGGCGGGAUCGGUAGUAGGAGCACCCAGUGCCGUAGCCGGAUCACCGAUGAUUCCAACGACUGUGGAGAGCUUAAGUCCGAGCUUGAAGCGAUUUGCCUCUCCGGUUAGCAGCAGUCGCCUCAAGCUCACGCCCAGUCCUUCGAAGAGUGGCAUUUCGGCGGCCACCAAUGCAGACAGUGCCUCCACAUCGACCACCUCAACGGCGACCACAAUGGUGCCGGCCACCGUCGGCGAGAUAUGCAGGCGCUCCUCGGACUCCGACCUGAGUGUUACCCCCAAAGGAAACUCUAUUUGUGUGGCCAGUGAGCGCCUGGUGGCCGCCACAGCCAUGAUGCGUCUAACGCAGCCGGCGGUUGGAGCCAAGCCGGGAACCGCUGCCGAUAGCCUGGAUAUGUUGGAGUAUCCCUUCCUGACCAUGACAAAGUACCCCACAGGUUUUAUUUUGCACCUGGGCGCCACAGUGGCGGCGCGUUCGGUGAAACUUUUGGAACGAGUACCCAAUCCCGACGAGCCAGAGGUGCGGGACAGCUGGUGGACCGAGCUGCGCAUGGAAAUUCGUUCGCACGCACGCUCCUUGGGCUGCAACGUGGUGCUGGGGUACGCUGAAACCACAACCAUUUCGGAUGAUGUCUGUGUUUUAUCUGCCACUGGAACAGCGGCGGUAAUCAACAUGGUAUUCAAUCGAUCUGUAUCGCAAACCGAUAUCUUCACCAUGUCGAAGGCCACGGCUGGUAUGGCCACCAUGUCGAAUUCGGUGGAGGAGCGCGAGGCCAAUGGCAGCACUGGGGAAGCCAGCAAGGAUAGCGGUUCCCUGGGCACCGGGAAUAGUUCGGGAGGCAAGCGGUUCGGGCUGCCCCCGCUUAAUGGACCCCGGAAUGCGUGUGCCAUCUGCCACAUACCCUACAACCUGAACUCGGUGCCCUUCAAUGUGAAAAUGAAGAAGUGCGCCGUUUGCAAAAAGGGUCGGGUGCCAGAUGUUCUUUUGGCCACCUUAGAGGUGCCGGAGUUCAUGCAGGUAACGGGCCGUGGAUGCUUCAUGCAGGCUCAAGUGGUGCGCGCCAAAAGGGAUCUGCGAGCGGAACUGAAUGCCAAAGAGAUUUCCGAUGGCCUUCCCUUCUUGGAGUACGAACUGCACCGUGUGUUGAUCAACAAACUGAAAGCCAAGGGCAUGAAUGCCAUCUUUGGACUGCGCACCCAGGUGGCCAUUGGAGAACGUAUGAUAGCGUUGAUAGCCACAGGCACUGCCUUGUUCCUCACCGCCUUACCAGUGCCCCAGGUGCCCAAGAUCGUGGCCGGAAACUCAUGGACCGACAAGCAAAAGUUAAACGAGCUUCAGAAGAAACUGCAGGAGACCUUCGAGAGAAAUCAAGAGAUAUACCAGCUCAAGAGCUUGGACCCCGAUUUGGCAGCCAAUACAGCAACAGCAUCGGCAGCCAAUGCAUCUGGCGACAAGCAAUCGGACACCGAUGAUUCUGAUGACGAGGAGAUGAACGAGAUUGAUCUGAAUUGCGGCAACAAGGAGCUUUGUGUGCUGGAGGUCGACGACAUUGAGGACUUGGAGAUUAUAUCAUUGCUAAUGGAACCGUAUCCACCCGAGGGCUUCCAUGUGGUUAACACGCAGCAGGUGCCUGGUAUGGUGGAGAUGGAUACCGUCAAGAAUUUACAAAUGUUUACACAAGUGUGGAGGGCACGCCUCGAGGUUGGACAAAGUGUCAAUGGAUUCCCCAAGCACUUCCAGCGGCUCUUGCAAACAAUAUACUUUAAAUUGAGGACCAUGAUACCUUGUGCCAUUUGCGAUCUUCGUUUUCGGUUGGACUUGCCAGAAACGGAUCAAAUCCAACUGCUGGUCACUGGAAUGGCCAUGGGUCUUAGCGAUUCCAACAAAAUGAAGUGCAGGGGACGUGGACGAGCCUUGCCGUUCCAGCAGCCCCAACAGCAAACGAAUGGAUUUCACGAGGCGGCCGUGCAUGCUACCCAAUCCCAGCCUGAGUUAAAUGGCAAGCGAAUGCUCCAGGAAGAGGACUAUAUUUUCCCCUUGGACGAGGAUCAGAUGGUGGAUACUCCCACACCGACCAGCACAGCCAUACCUCCGUUUGGCAUGAGCUCUUUUAAAAUGCGCAAAACUUCACCGUCCCGUUUGAGCAACUUGGGUUCGGGUCUGCCAUCAACCGGAGUGAAGUCCCUAAAUGUGGGACCAGUUCCCCGUAACCGAUACUUCCCUCUGCGAGAUCGUUACGGAGUGGAUCUGACACCUCUGAGCUUUAUACCUGGUGGUCGUAUUGACAAAUACCUGGGUAACCUGAAUUUCUUUUUCAUUCGGGAAAGCACCUCGAUUCGGGAAAACGGUGGCAUCAGCGGAUUUGUCCAUGGUUUUAUAACCGAACUGCUGGCCGUGGUCCGAGCCCAUAUUGCUUCCCUUGGAGGUAAUGCCAUGGUCUCUUUUUACAUCACGGAGUUAAUGCUGUUCGAUAACCAGCACAAAAAUCAGGGCCAGUGCCUGAUCAGCCUGGGUGGCGAUGCUGUCUAUGUGAGCUACCAUGCCGAUGACUGAUACAAAAACUUGAGGGGCAUAUAGCGCCUGUUUUACGCGAAUCGUCCCAAAAGCGUAUACUCUCUAUUUUCUUCCGCUUAGCUAGAACUGUCAGCUCUGCCCGGCAACUGAACUUAAUAUAUUUCUUGUUUACGUAACAACUUUACAGUCCCUGUAGAUGGAUCCUUUAUGCAAUAUCUGAACUGUGACGAACGUUCUUUCUUUACCUUUACCGAGUAGUGUGAUUUUUUCGGUCUUGUUACUUGUUUGCUUAAUGUUUUUAGCUUUAAAUCAAUUGCAAUUUCUGUAUAUAGUUGAUGUUUAUUGAAUAUUGAAUUUGAUGAGUGCGAGGCCCACGUAUACUAACGAUUUAUACAACUGUUGCAACACAAACAUGACAUUGAUAUACUCGUACUCCUAGAUAUCCAAUUUUUUGCGUGUAAAAUACAAUAAAUAUAUUUAAAAAUAAAAACAAUUGCUCAAUUAAAU